UCAGCAUCGGUACGGGCACUGAUACCGGUACCGAUACCGGCACCGGGCAGCCAGCCUGCGGGACAGGGCUCCGCACGGGUACCGGCACCGGGCUGCCCAGGGCUGCGGGGCAGCGCUCAGCACUGGUACCGGCACUGAUACCGGGCUGCCCAGGGCUGCCUCAGACCCAGCCCCAGUCCAGGCCCCGGUUCCUGAUCGUGCCCCGGACCCGCUCACGUUCCCGGUCUCCUUCCCAUUUCAAGCCCCUGUCCCACUCCCGUUCCCAUCCCAAACCUCCAUCCCAGUCCUGUCCCACUCCCAUUCCUGUCACUGUCCCGUUCUCCCUCCCAUUCCUAUUCUUGUCCCUUCCCAACCCCACGCCCGUUCCCAUUCCUGUCCUGCUCCAAUUCCCACUCCCGUUUCCAUUCCCGUUCCAGGCCCCUGUCCCGUCCCAUGCCCAGGCCCCUGUCCCAGCCCCGUUCCCGUUCCCGUCUCUCACCCCGCCGCCAUCGCGUCCCGCCACUACUGAGCGCCGCCAUCUUGGUCGCGCCGGCGCAAGGGCCUAUCGGAAGGUGGAGGAUCGUCACUUCCAGCGCGCCUGUCUCCAUAGCAACGGCGUGACGCGGCCUGGGCGCGGCCUGGUUGCUCGGAUCGGGGGCACUGAACCCCCCAAAGUGAGGGACACUGAGCCCCAAACCCGGGAACCGCUCCCGAGCCUGCUCCUCCAUCACCCCUGAGAGGGGACAAGGACCCCCAGGCCACCGCGCCAUGGCUGAGCAAGGGGACGCCCUUUGUGGGGCCCCCGAGGAGCCGCAGCCCCCAGGAGUGACCCUCAGUGACAGCCUCAUCUCCACCCGCACACGCUCCACGGGGCCGCUGCCCACCGGCACCCUCCGCUUGGACCGGGAGAACAUCUCCUGCAUCGGGAAAACCCGCGGGCAGGAAGGGAUCCACAGCCUCUACCUGCAGCAGAACCAAAUUGAGAAGCUGGAGAACCUGGAGUGCUUCCCCAACCUGAGGUACAUCAGGAGGGCUGGGGCAGGGCUGUGACACCCCCUGCCCCUCCUGGGGGGCUUUGACACCCCCUGCCCACCCUCCUGAGCCCCGCAGGUUCCUGUGCCUGGCUGGCAACCGCAUCCAGAGGGUGCAGAACCUGCAGGGGCUGCUCCAGCUCAGCCUCCUGGACCUGUCCCACAACCUGAUCCAGGUGCUGCACACAGAGGAGCUGCCCCGCAGCCUGCGCAUCCUGGACCUGGCAGGGAACCAGUGCACCCAGCAGGAGGGAUACAGGGACGGGGUGCUGGCAGCGCUGCCCCAGCUCCUGCAGCUGGACUCCCAGCCCGUGCGGGCAAGCACGGCCGAGGAGGAGGGAGGAGGAGGAGGCUCCUGCAGCAGCGAGGAUGAGGAGGAUGAGGAUG